AUGUCUUCGGCAAUAGGCCGCUUGGUAUCAUCGAGGGCCUGCCCACCACCCUCAAAGGUACCGACCAUUCAAGUCACGUUCGGAGGCCAAAAGGUUGAUGUCCCAAAAGGCGGUUACUACGAUCGCUACCGUAUGAACCCGAACCUCGACAAUGUAGCCCUCGAUCCAGCGGUCGGCGCCGACCUGAGCUUUUUCUCGAGGACGUCAAAGAAGCUGGUCGAUUCGAGAGUUGGUCAGAUAUACGCGCCCAACUUCUAUUAUCGCACUAGCAGUGUCCAGCUCGUCUUUCUUGCCCCCCUUGGCCAGCUCAAGGGUAAACUUCCAUCGCCUUUGGAACCCAUCACUGCGUUACCCGGUUACGGUUUGGUCGCGUUGACCUUUUACUCGUACAAGGUCUGCGAUAAUGAUCCUUAUAAUGAAGUCUCUGUCGCCAUAAUUGUCCGUCAGCCGGGUGAAGUGAGUUACAGCACCACCCAGCUGCUCAGCUCUAUGUGGAACCGGACAUUCUACGGAUACGUGCUGGCUCUACCAGUCGAUACUGAGAUUGCUCGAGUACGAGGUGUAUAUGGAUACCAAUUGCCUAAAUGGCUCGCCGAUAUUAGUCUUGAAAUGGAAGACGAGAUCAUCAAGGCCAGCAUCAUUGGGGCCGAUGGGACAGCGGAUUUGACACUGGAAUUACCCCUUCCAGCUAUGAAGACUAUUACAUCGCAAUCGUCAAUUGGGACCAACAACGCCAUCAACAAAAUCGACGGAAAAUGGCAUCAAGUGAAAGUUCAGACAAACCCUCUCCUGGCAGCACAAUCUCUUUUGCCAAGGAAUGUGAGCCUUUAUAGGGGUGAAGGUCCGCUAAGCAAGCUCCUCAACGAAUUGGAAAUUGGGACCAUUUUACGAAUGGACGUCCUCAAGGACGCACAGAUGAUCUUAAACAUGCCGACUCCAUUGAACGGAUUUGACAGUGUCAAGCUUUGA